AAAACCACCAUCGCUCAGCUGGUCUACAAUGACUCCAAGGUCAAAGAAUAUUUUGAUCUGACUGGAUGGGUUUGUGUAUCCGAUGAUUUUGAUGUUCCGAGGCUAACAAAGGCCAUCAUCGAGUCUAUUACUGAAAAAUCAUGUAAUCUUACAGAAAUCAGCCCACUUCAAAAUUCUCUCAAGAAAAAAGUGGAGGGGAGGAAACUAUUGCUUGUCCUAGAUGAUGUCUGGAAUGAGCAACAAAGCCUUUGGGAGACCUUAAGAAUCCCUUUUGUUGGAGCAGAAACAGUAGCAAGAAUUAUCGUGACAUGUAGGAAUGAUUCGGUUGCCAAGAUCAUGCAGACGGUGCUUCGUUAUCAUCCUGGCUACUUGUCUGAAGAGGAGUCUUGGUCAUUAUUCAAGCAUUAUGCAUUUGGUGGUCGAGACCCUGAAGAACGACCACACUUGGCGGAUGCUGGUAAGCAGAUUGUCGAGAGAUUGUCGAGAAGUGUUCCGGUUUACCAUUGGCUGUGAGGACGAUAGGAAGCCUUCUAAGACAUGAGACGGAUGA